GAAGCUGUAAGUUAAAGACACUCGAUUGAAUUAACAUCUCUGUAAUAACAUUUAUAUUCCACAACUUGUGAAAAAUAUAAAUGACGAUAUAAAAUGUUACUGGGCUGACAGGUAAAGAAUUUACUGGCCCAACUUCAGCAUAUAUACAACGAUAUAAAAGAUGAAUAUGAAAACAUUAUUAUAGAAAAAUACAGCUACAAUGCCAAAUGGUACACAAUUAUACUUACAAUUAUCGUAUUGAACGCGUAAUGAGAACUAGUGUGCUACAAAAUAUUACCUCAGAGAACGAAAUUUUGAUAUUUAAAGGAAUAAUAUGCGCCAUCGAUAUUCAUCGGCAAGCUAUGAAAUUGUCUGAAUUAUUGAUAUCCAAGUUUGAGAUAAUGCUGUUCUGCUUAAUAGCAGUAGGAGUAAUUUCUUUGAGUCUCAAUCUCUUCCGAAUUAGUGCAUUUGAUGAUAAUAUCAACGAAUUUUUACUUCCCGUUUUGUUCGUAAUGGCCAGCAUUGUAUACAUGUUUGUUGCUAAUUAUGUAGGACAAGACAUUAUGGAUCAUACUAGUCACGUAUUCGUUACUGCGUACAGCGUUCAAUGGUAUCUAGCUCCCUUACACAUACAAAGAAUUAUACUUUUUCUGUUGCAAAGAGGCGCCAAAAAUUUUUCUUUGAGUGUCGGUGGAUUGUUUAUUGGAUCGUUAGAGUGUUUUGCGACGGUAAGAAAAUCGUAUAUCAUGUGUUGCUAUAUGUAUAUCUAUUUGAUUUGUAACAUAAUAAACAUACUUAAUAAUAUUAUUCGUUACAGCUGGUAAAGGCUUCGGUAUCUUACUUUACCGUUAUGUAUUCUAU